AUGGCUCCAAAGACGAAGUCCAAGAUCCCCGUCCAGCCCGUGCCGGAGAAACGGGGCUAUGAAUUUGGUGGACCUCUUGGUGCUUUCGGAAUUAUCUUUGGUCUUCCUGUCCUGACCUAUGUCUUUUUCUUUGUCUGCAAUGAUAUCUCAGGCUGCCCCGCGCCUUCGUUGUUGAGCCCAUCCACUCUGUCUCUCGAUCAAUUGAAACGCGAAGUUGGCUGGCCCGCGGAGGGUAUUGCGGGUUUUUAUGAUACCGAGGUGACUUUAUGGACCCUGAGCUACUAUGUAUUCAGUCUCUUCCUGCAGGUGUUCCUGCCUGGCCAGGUGGCCGAGGGUGUCGAGCUGGCAUGCGGGGGAAAGCUCAAGUACAAGUUCAAUGCAUUCCCCACGGCUAUGAUCAUCCUAUCCGGUCUUGCGACAGGUACCUACAUGUAUGGAGCCGAUUUCGUUGUUUGGACCUUCCUGUGGGACAACUACCUGCAGGUCAUCACGGCCAAUCUCUUGAUCGCUUCGACAGUCGCCGUUUUCGUCUACAUCCGAAGCUUCUCAGUUCCCCAGCCCGGCAGCGCUAACCCGGAGCUUCGACAACUCGCCCCGGGUGGACACACUGGAAACCCACUAUACGACUUCUUCAUCGGCCGUGAGCUGAACCCCCGAAUUUGCCUCCCCAUUCCUUUUGUGAGUGAGGAGUCACGCACCAUCGAUAUCAAGAUUUUCAUGGAGAUGCGACCCGGCCUGCUCGGAUGGACCAUUCUGAACCUCUCCAAUGUCGCCCACCAGUACCGCACCUACGGCUACGUGACCGACUCCAUUCUCUUGGUCACUGCUUUCCAAGGAUUUUAUGUCUUGGAUGGCCUGUACAUGGAACCCGCCAUCAUGACCACAAUGGACUGCAUCAUGGAUGGGUUCGGAUUCAUGCUAUCCUUUGGUGACCUUGUCUGGGUUCCCCACAUAUACAAUGUGCAGACCCGUUACCUUUCCGUUUUCCCCAUGGAGCUUGGCUGGAGUGGAAUGGCCCUCGUGCUGGGUGUCACCGCCCUUGGGUACUCGAUUUUCCGUGGCGCUAAUAACCAGAAGAACCGAUUCCGCGCCGAUCCCAAUGAUCCUCGUGUCAAGCACAUCAAGUUCAUUGAGACUGCCAGCGGAUCCAAGUUGAUGACUUCCGGCUGGUGGGGUCUAGCUCGCCACAUCAACUACCUCGGUGACUGGACUAUGUCAUGGGCAUACUGCCUGCCUACUGGCAUUGCUGGCUACACCAUUAUCGAGAGCAUCAGCGCAAGUACCGGCGAACUUCAGAAGCAGGCCAUACAGACGCCCGAGUCGCGUGGUUGGGGUAUGAUCCUCACCUACUUCUACAUGAUCUACUUCGGUGUUCUUUUAAUCCACCGUGAGAUGCGCGAUGAGGAGAAAUGCCACAGGAAGUACGGCAAGGACUGGGCACGUUACACCUCGAUGGUUCGCAGCCGUAUCAUUCCUGGAAUCUACUAG